GAUAUUGUAGCAGAAAGCACAGCUAAUUCCUCAGAGUCAUGGUCCAACACUGGCACGUCAGCAGAGCACAGUAGAGGGCAUCAGAGCUCCAGGGAAACAGAGCAGCCUUGCAGCCCUAGCGGGGUCUUCCUUGAACUCUCUCUCGACACACACGUAAACUUGACACAGUGUGAGUUUAGCACAACUAGUAGAAGGUCAACUGAACCAGCCAAGACUGGAUCCAUUCACAGCUCAGAACCUGCAAGCUCAGUUCCAGAGCAACCAAAGCUGAAUCGCACCCCUCCACCCCCCUGUCACGUCAAGGUCUCUCCCCCCUCCUUCUCAGACUCCAACAACAACACUAAACCCAGAAGGCGUUCAUCUAAUGGUGACGAGGUGACCAGAGGGAGGUCCUUGGAAGACAGCAGGUUUGAGGACGGAAAGAAAUCUGCCCCCUCUGUCCUGACAGACUCUGCAACUUUUACCCUUAACCCCCCCAGCAUAUCCAGGACAUCCACUUCAGCGGACUCCCACCUCCUUAAAGACCUCCAGGACUCGGAGGAGUUCCUGGCCUCCCUGGACCACGAGGCCUACUGGAGCAGCGAGGACUCGGCCGUGUCGGUAGACCACACUGAGGGAGACCCGUUCAACUCAGUGGACGUGGAAGAGGUGGUGAGGUUCCAGGAGGACGGGGGUCUGGAUGCCAACAUCAUCCCCCAACAGGGAGGCUACAGGGAGGCUGAAGAGGUACGUCAUUCUAACUGCGCCAAGUCCUCAUUUGUCUCGCAGUCAGACUCACUCACAAGGGAAUGCCUCAAACCCACAGCCUCAUAUUUAGAGACCAGAGGUUUCCUAUUAGAAGGCGUAGACAAAGAGGAAUGGCAACACAGCUCCCACCCACAUAAACCUUCUGUAGACAGAGAGAGCUGCAGUUCACCUGAAGAGGAGUACACUCUGGCUGAGGAGUUCUGCUGCUACACUCCCCCCGGCCCUCAUAGUGCACAGCAUGGCGCCAGGAUCGUGAGACACCCUGACGUUAGCCUCAGCCUGCUCUCCAUCAGCAGCCUCGAGCCAAUUGUAGAGGACGAGCAUUCCCAGGAGAACUCUGGGAUUGUGGAGGAUGAGGACAAAGUGGAGGAUGAGGAAAGUAGAGAGUCUGCUAUAAUAAGGCCUGUUGAGGAGGAGGAAGGGAAUGUUGCAGACUUCUCAGAAUCUUCUAAGAAUCAUUGUCAUUCUGAGGGUGGCAAGGAACACUGGUCAGAGCAUCGGCCAGACCCUCAAAUAUCCGAACCUGAAGACCUUCAGUUUACAAACGUACCCCAGGACAGAGAGAUGGGUAGCAACAGGCACUUCAGCCCGACCUCCAUGUCCUGUGACUUUGACACAACCAGCAUCAACAGCGAGGAGACAGAAGAGUCCACUUUGGGAAACACAAAUCUGUGCAAACAAAAGAGUAAGGUUAAGGCCAGCCAGUUAGGCUCCAAGUUCUCAGUUUUUGCCAAGAUGCCCUCUUUCAGAAAGGGCAAAAGUUCGAAAACCAGAAAGGGAGAGAGUUCACCCCGGGAGUCCCCUGAUGGGCAUUCUGAUCCCUCCUUCUACAAAUCCCUCAUAGCGGAGCAGGGCAGGAAGCAGGAGGGGCAACAGGAGGACAACUCUGAUGACGAGGUCUUCAUCAAGGGAGACAUCCACAACCAGACUGUCCAGAAGGCCUUUUCCUCUUGGCGCUUCGAGACAGAAGAGGAGGACUAUGGCUUCUUUCCCUCCACACCAUGCACACGCCAUGUCCAACAGCUUUUCAUCCAGACCACCAAGGGAGGAGAAGACACAGGGGAGGGUGCUCUCAGCCCAGAAAGCCUUCACCUCAGCCAGGCUCAGACAGCCGAGGCCCUGGGAUAUAAGAGGAGCAACGACGGCCUCAACCUGCGCAUGCGCAUCGCCCAGGCUCACAGGUCCUUGUCUAGCCUGUUUGAGUUGCGCUUUGUGGAGCCUGAGGAGCAGGCAAACACCGGGAUGGAGGGCGAGUCGGUGAAAGCCCAACAGUCGUGGAAGAAGUUAAAGAAGGAGGCGGAGAUGCCCAGACGGACUGUGUCUGUACCGGACGCAGAGAGCAGCAAGGACAUCAAGCAGAACAUCAGAGACCAUGCUUCCAGCUUGGACAGGCUGAGUGUCCCUGGGUCACCCUCCAGUCUUAGAGGCCAGCGUCACACUGACCCUCUGUCCAAGAGGUGCGUUCCACAGGACAAGGGGGAAGACUGCCUUCAGGGGUGCAGGUCCGAGGGUGAGAGGAGGAAAGGCCUACCCAACGGUCUGUCCAUCUCGUUCUCUGGUCCUCCUUCCUUGGCCACUCCCCUAUCGCCCUUGAGCACUGCCUCCGUGGCAGCCCUAGCCAAUCAGCUGCCCUCAUGCUGGGCCAGGUCACCAGCGACGUCAGAGGGUUCGGCAGACACUCCCGUCAGACCCAUGAGUCCCAAGCCCUGCAGCCCUCGGCUGGCUGCCCAGCGCAGGGCCCACUCAGCACGCGCUCUGUCCCUCCUCUUCAUGAGCCAGUCCGCCAGCAUGGAGGGCCUGACCGAUCCCCCGGAGAGACCCAAGACCCUGAAGCCCCGGGCGGGGCCCCUCAGGGUGGCAGGGCCCCCGGGGGUGGUGGGGCCCAUGGGGGUGGCGGGGCCCAUGGGGGCCUCCCUCAGCCCCCUGGAGAUGGCAGACAGUGGUGGGAACAGUCAGUCCCAGAUCAGCCUGCUCACCUCUAUGUCCAUCAAUGAGUUUGAGGCCACACAAGAUGGCCGUAAACCAGCCAGCCAAUCAGGAGGCAAAAGUGCAGCAGACAGGAAGCUUCAUGGGACUGCCACGGUGAGAUCUACACCAAUGAGACGCGGUCACCAGAUCGGUAGUGACGACCUGUGGAUUGAGGAAGAGAAGAAACGGCAGUGUGUGCUACGCCGAGCGGUGAGGGGCAGCGUGGGACAGCUGAACACCCACUUACCUGAAGAUCUGGAGAAAGCCCAUGCCCGAGUCUCCCUCUCAGCCACGGAGGCACUGCGGACCAUGUACAGGCUCUCUGGGACGCCCCUUAAGGCCCACUGCUUCUCCCAGAGCACCCCUGUAGGACUGGACUGUCUUGGCUGGAGAAGACGCCCCUCCUACCACUCGGUGGUGGUUCCAGAUGGGGGGCCAGAGAGGUGCGGGGGGCUGGGGGAGGGGGCCAGUGAGGAGGAUCUGUACGAAGACUUCCACAGCUCCGGACAUCGCUUCGGCCACCCUGGAGGAGGAGGAGAACAACUAGCCAUCAACGAGCUGAUCAGUGAUGGUGGUGUGGUGUUUGCCGAGGCGCUCUGGGACCACGUCACCAUGGACGACCAGGAGCUGGGCUUCAAGGCUGGGGACGUGAUCGAGGUUGUAGACGCCAGCAACAAGGAGUGGUGGUGGGGGCGAAUCCUGGACAGCGAAGGCUGGUUCCCUGCCAGCUUCGUACGACUGCGUGUGAACCAGGAUGAGCCCAUGGAGGACUUCCUGUCCCAGCUGGAGGAAGAGGCUUCGGGGCAGGAGGAGCGGGCGUGGGGCGGGCUGGGUGCGGCGCUGCCCUGCAGGGACCAGAUGAGGACCAACGUCAUCAACGAGAUCAUGAGCACAGAGAGAGACUACAUCAAGCACCUCAAAGACAUCUGUGAGGGGUAUAUCCGGCAGUGUCGUAAGAGGACAGACAUGUUCAGUGAGGAGCAGCUGGUCACCAUCUUUGGGAACAUCGAGGAGAUCUACCGCUUCCAGAGGAGCUUCCUGAAGGACCUGGAGAGAAGGUUCCAGACCGAGCAGCCACACCUCAGCGAGAUAGGCAGCGUGUUCCUGGAUCACCAAACAGACUUCCAGAUCUACUCUGAGUACUGCAACAACCACCCGAGUGCCUGUGUGCAUCUCUCCCAGCUCAUGAAGGUCAACAAGUAUGUGUUCUUCUUCGAGGCCUGCCGCCUGCUGCAGAAGAUGAUCGACAUCUCGCUGGAUGGUUUUCUGCUCACUCCCGUCCAGAAGAUCUGCAAGUACCCGCUACAGCUGGCUGAACUGCUGAAAUACACCAACCCCACACACAGGGAUUACAGUGAUGUGGAGGCUGCUUUGAGCGCCAUGAAGAACGUUGCUCGGCUCAUCAAUGAGAGGAAGCGCCGCCUGGAAAACGUCCAUAAGAUCGCCCAAUGGCAGAGCUCCAUAGAGGACUGGGAGGGUGAAGACAUCCUUAGUUUGAGCUCAGAUCUGAUCUUCUCCGGGGAGCUGACGAAGAUCUCUCCUCCCCAGUGUCGGAGUCAGCAGCGCAUGUUCUUCCUGUUCGACCACCAGAUGGUCUUCUGCAAGAAGGACCUGUUGCGCAGGGACAUGCUGUACUAUAAGGGUCGCAUGCUGAUGGAGCAGGUGGAGGUGGUGGAUGUAGAGGACGGGAGGGAGAAGGACUUCAACGUGAGUGUGAAGAACGCUGUGAAGCUGCGCUCAGCCAGUGGAGACUUCUUGCUGUGCGCCAGGAAGCCGGAACAGAAGCAGCGCUGGUUGCAAGCCUUUUCUGACGAGAGGAAACAGGUCCAGAAUGACCGUGAGACUGGUUUCUCCCUCACCGAGGUGCAGAAGAAACAGGCAAUGCUGAACGCCUGCAAAAUCCAUCCAGCAGGGAAGCCUAAAGCUGUGACUCGUCCCUACUAUGACUUCCUUCUGCGCCAGAAGCACCCCUCCCUGCCCAGCGCCCUGGCGCAGCAGCAGGUCUUCCUGCUGGCCGAGCCCAAACGCAAGACCACCUUCUGGCACAACAUCGGCCGGCUCACGCCCUUCAAGAAGUGAAAGAGGAGAGGGGAGCUCUCCGCUUGUGCCUGAACAGACCUUUAUAAUUCUUCCUCUUUUUUUCCCCCUUUGUAUUUGUAACGUCCUAAUUGAUAUACUGAUUAUUGUGAAGAUAAAGAUUAGGACAAUGUUGAUUAGGAUCUUUUUCCUUUGAGAAAGCACUUUAUAGGGUUAGGGUUAACAAUCAGAAUGGGAGAAGCUCUGCUGGACAGUAAGGUUUGGAGAGCGUUGCCAUGGGAGAGUGUUGCUACGACUACUACUCCUAAUUAUGGUACUAAUACUGCUACUGUUCUACUGACUGUGACAAUGUGACCAUGAUCAGUGUUUUGUUUUGUGUUCAACAAAUGCCAACUGCUCACAGUGCCAGAUGAAUUUGUUUUUCUAUUGAAGUUUGUUUCUGUCAAGAAGAAAAGAGAAAAAAAUGGGAAAGUUUCUUCUUUCUGUGAAAAUGUAUGAGAUAAUUUUAAUGUUGAUUUGGGUGUUGGAGAGAAGGGUAUGGAACCCUAAGGCAUUAACCUUUAUACUCGUCUAUAGAUGCUCGUCUAUAGAUGCUCGUCUAUAGAUACACGUCUAUAGAUACUAGUCUAUAGAUACUAGUCUAUAGAUACUCGUCUAUAGAUACACGUCUAUAGAUACACGUCUAUAGAUACUCGUCUAUAGAUACUCGUCUACAGAUACACGUCUAUAGAUACACGUCUAUAGAUACUAGUCUAUACAUAAACCCACUCAGCCCCCCCACCUGUACAUCUGGAGCCUUACCCUGCUCACUGGAUACUCAUUACUUCUUUUUGGAAGUGCCAUCUGAAAUCUCAUGGAUUAAAUUUAGCCUAACGGCAUGAAACAUACAUACAAACACAUGCUUGGAAGCUUCAAAACAAAACGUUCUCCCUUUUAAUGGUUUCAGCAACAGAUUCAUUUAAGAUGAAGUUAGCUAGGGUCAGGGUUAGCUAUGGUCAGGGUUAGCUAGGGUCAAGGAUAGCUAGGGUCAGGGUUAGCUAGGGUCAGGGUUAGCUAGGGUCAGGGUUAGCUGCUGAUCCAUGUGGAGCCUCAUUCCUCCCUCACCUGAUGAAUGUUCAUGAGGCACCAGUGAGACAGAGUUGUUGAAGCACGGAUGAAACCUGGAGAGAAGUAGGGCAGGGACAUCUUACAUUUACAUUUAGUCAUUUAGCAGUCAUUUACAGUAAGUACAGGGACAUUCUCCCUUCUUACUGACAGUUCCUCUCACACAUCCUAAUAGUGCUUGGAAUGUUUCUAAAUUCAUGUUAUUUUUUUUAUCAGUGCUGGGGUCUGAAGGGUCGGUAACUGUUAUGAAGGGAGGGUUAGGGUUAGGGUCAGGGUUUGUAUGCUGUUACUAUGCAGCAACGCUGGAAUUCUUCCUAGCCUAAUCUUAACCAUUUUUGAUGGACUACCACAUUUAUUUUGAUAAUUUCCUGAUAAUCCCUAAAACCAUUUAUUUUUAGCAUUAUACUUAUUUGGCCUUUCUAUAACAAGUUACAAGUAAUGUUGAUAGUUUCUUAGAGGUAGCUCUGUGGAGCUUAAACUGAAACUAACUCAAAAAGAGGUUUUGGAGUUUAGUUAUACUAUAAAGCUGGACAUUCACGUCCUGCAGCUCUCCUCCAGAUUGACGCAUUGCAAAUGAACCAUGGCAGGGUGCUGUGUUCAGUAGUAAUGAGUUGCCUAAAUAUUUUUUGACAUGUUAAAGGGUUCCAGGUCUGCCCAAAUACUGAACCUGCAUGCAGGAGUGCAUGUUUUACCCAAACCCCAAACAUUUGGUUUUGAAUGAAAUAUAUACUUUUUUUUGUUUUACUUACGGAACUGCUAUCAGGUGUGUUGUGUGUAAAAUAUGAAGCAUUGCUCAGAGUUGUCACAAACAUGACAGAAUAUGCUAGCCUUUGAGUAUGCCAACAGCUUUCAAGUAUGCUAGCUUUCGAGUAUGCUAACUUUCGAGUAUGCUAGCUUUCAAGUAUGAUAGCCCUUGGGUAUGCUAGCCUUUGGUGUUGCUCUGAGUAACAUGCAUGUCAGAUUUGCCUAGAUGUUCCCUCAAGCAAAUCUCUCCCUGCCAGCGGCACACAUUGCUACAUGAAGGAGAGCAGCUGUGUGUUCUCCAGUUACACUCCUCUCGACAUUCUCCUCAAUAUCUCCUGCCUGGUGUCUUUCCUCCUCAAUAUCUCCUGCCUGGUGUUAGGGUUAGGGUCCUCCUCAAUAUCUCCUGCCUGGUGUUAGGGUCCUCCUCAAUAUCUCCUACAAUAUGUCCUCCAGUAGCCGCUACACAGAAUCUGGAAUCCUCAAGCUAGUGACAGUCUGUUUCCCAGUAGCAAAUAAACAACUUUCCAUUUCAAUAAAAGUAGAGCUGAGCUGACGGCAGAUGAUGGUCGCCUGAUUAGAGAACAUGUUCAAUGCUAGCCAAGAGAACAUGUACCAUGCUAGCCUGGUUAUGGAUCACAGAUGGUACAUUAACAUUCAAAGAAGUAUCCCAAUAUUUCCUGUAAAAUUCUUGUAAUGGUUUACAGUAUUUUUUUUUCUUCUGCAUCACUAGGUCUCCAUCCUGCUGUUCCAGACAGAACUCGGGUCAGAGUUUCACCUCGUUUGUCUUUGGUUGAGUUGCGCAAUUGUUACAUUUCUCUAGAUUGUUCAAAUUACUAAAUGAAAAAGUGUUUGUACAUUAUAUUUGUAAGUGUAUGGUUGUUUACAUAUGCACUCAAAUUACGGGAAAAUAAAACUUUAAAGUGUG